AUGGCGCCCUCAGCAACGGGCGAGCUGCCUCCUCUUCCAGGACCUCCCGAGAGGACGUACCCGCCCGCAAAGAUCUUUCAAGUCAAGGAAUCCAAGUUCGAGAAGCCAAUUCCGGUGCAGCAGGAUGGACGGGAAAAGGCAUUGGCGCAGUCUUCGGGAGGCGCGGCCAUUGUAAUCGACAAUGGAUCUUCGGCGGUCCGCGCAGGGUGGUCUUUCGAAGAGAAGCCGCGGCUGAACAUCCCACCGAUCAUGGCCAAAUACCGCGACCGAAAAGCUGGAAAGACAUAUUCCUUUGCAGGCAGCGACUGCUAUGCCGACACGACAGCGAGGAGCCACAUAAGAUAUGCGCACGAGCAAGGGACGGGUAUUGUCAGCAACUGGGAUGUCAUGGAGCAUGUUCUCGAUUACAUCUUUCUCAAGCUCGGCUUGAAUGGAGAUGAUGCAUCCAUAGACAUGCCCAUCGUCAUGACGGAGGCCGUGGCCAACCUACCUUAUUCUCGGAAAUCCAUGACGGAAAUCGUCUUCGAAUGUUACGGCGCGCCGUCUCUGGCAUACGGCAUCGAUUCGCUCUUCUCCUACGCACACAACAAGGGAAACACGGGCGUCGUGGUCUCGUCAUCCUACACUUCCACACACGUGAUACCGGUCUAUAACCACAAGGCUCUUCUGAGCCAAGCCACAAGGUUGAACUGGGGAAGAUGGCAUGCGGCAGAGUAUCUUCUGAAGCUAAUCCGGCUGAAAUACCCUGCUUUCAACGGGAAGCUCAACGUGUCCCAAGCUGAACACAUGCUCCGUGAUCAUGGCUAUGUUUCAAAAGACUACCAUACAGAAGUAGGAGGCUUUUUGGACUGGACCGGCCUCGAGGAUCGGGAUAUCGUCAUCCAGUAUCCCUUUACGGAGGAGGUCAUUGUGCAAAAGACGGAAGAGGAGCUUGCUCGCAUUGCCGAGCGGAAGAAGGAGAGCGGCAGGCGGUUACAGGAACAAGCUGCAAAGAUGCGCCUCGAGAAAUUGAUGCGCAAAGAAAACGAGCUCGAGCAGUACAAGAAGCUCCAGGUCAAGCUGGAACAGCAGACCAACAAGAAGGAGGUCAGGCGACUACUCGACAGCAAUGACCUCAAAGACGAAGCGGCACUCGAACGAGCCAUCGCCACCCUCGAGAAGGCGGUCAAAAAGGCGCGCACAAAGGACGUGGGUGGCGACACCACGGAGGAGCAGCAAGAGCCAGUGUUUGACCUGCUCGAUGUACCGGACGAGGAGCUCGACGACGCCGGCAUCAAAGCCAAGCGCCAACAGAAGCUCAUGAAGUCCAACCACGACGCGCGCGCCCGCGCCAAGGCUGAAAAAGAGGCCGAAAAGGCGCGCGUCGAGGAGGAGAAGCGCCUGGACGUGGAGCGCCGCGAGAACGACCUCGACGGCUGGCUUGAGGAGAGGCGCCAGGCCCGCGAGGUGACCCUACAGAAGAUGAAGGAGCGCGAGCGCCUCAAGCAGGACCUGGGCAACCGCAAGUCGCUCGCCUCGCAGAUCCGCAUGAAGAGCAUCGCGAACCUCGCGUCCGACAACCCGACCAAGAAGCGCCGCCGCGGCGGUGACGACGACAAUUUUGGCCAAAACGACGACGACUGGGGCGUGUACCGCCAAAUCACCGUCGGUGACAACAGCGACGACGAGCAGGAAGAGGAAAACCUCGAGGCGAACCUCAAGACGUACGAGGAGGACCUCCUCCGCUACGACCCGGAUUUCACGUACGAGCACACCUACGAGGCGCAGACGGACUGGUCGACCUCCAUGCUCCACGCCUUCGCCCGAGGCCCGCGGCCCUUUGACGCCGGCUCCCAGGCCGAGCUGAACCAGAUCCACCUCAACGUUGAGCGCAUCCGCGUGCCCGAGGUCGUCUUCCAGCCGUCCAUCGCCGGCGUCGACCAGGGCGGCCUCAUCGAGAUCGUCGGGGACAUACUCAACCAGCGCCUAGGUGGGGUGCCGAACCGCGAUGACUUUUUAAAGGACGUCUUCCUCACGGGCGGCAACACGCUCUUCCAGGGCUUCGACGAGCGUCUCCGCGAGGGGUUGAGGCCGCUUCUCCCCGCCGGCGCGCCGCUCGCCAUCCGUCGCGCCGAGAACGCCCUCCUCGACGCGUGGAAGGGCGCCGCGGGUUGGGCGGGGUCAGCCGCCUGGAAGGCUGCCACUAUCACGAGGGAGGAGUACCAGGAGAAGGGUUCGGAGUAUCUCAAGGAGCACGACCUUGGCAAUACAUCAUAUGUAUGA